AUGGCGAUGAAUCCAAUUACUGAAGACGCCAUUGGCAAAGUUAUUUCUAGAUAUGCCCCGGUUUCCUUAGGAGCGGAUUUAACGAGUUUUACAGAGAAUGAAAAAAUAGCAAUUUCUAAAUUGGUGGCUGCUGGAAAAUUGAUCGAUAGGAUCUACCUUCGUCAGAAAUGGAAGGGCAACGAGGCUCUACUCGAACAACUCCAAAACGUCAAAACACAGGACAAAAGGAUACUAUUAGUAUUCGAUUUAUUGAAAGGGCCAUGGGAUCGUGUUGAAGGUUUGGUCAUAUCCAAUCCUCCAAACCUUCCAGUUCAUAAACCCGAGGGAGGAAAUUUUUAUCCUGAAAAUAUGACAAAAGAAGAAUUCGAAUCAUGGGUUAGAACCCUUGAGCCAGAACAACAAGCUAAAGCCAAAGGAUUUUAUCAUGUUGUUAAACGAAAAGAGCCGCAAGGCGAAUUGUAUUUGAAUCCUUAUUCCGACGAAUAUAAAGAUUUAUUAAGCGAAAUAGCAGGAUUGUUAAAGGAAAGUUCAAAAUUAGUCGAAAAUGAAUCUUUGAGAAAAUUUUUAAGAACAAGGGCUGAAGCAUUUUUGAAUAACGAAUAUUUGGAAAGCGAAGUUGAUUGGCUGAACAUCAACAAAGAAAGUCGACUUGAAGUUACUGUGGGACCUUAUGAAGUAUAUACGGAUGAACUGUUCUCCGCAAAAAGCGCCUUUGAAUUUUACAUCCACGCGCGAGACUUUGAAUUUUCUAAAAUCUUGGAGAAGUUUUCUAAUAGUUUACAAGAAGUGGAAAAUAAUCUACCCGUACCACCUAAAUAUAAAAACAGUGAUUUGAAAACCACUCCAAUUGUUGUGGUGAAUCAACUGUACGCUGCUGGCGAUGUUGCAGUUCCUAUGACUGCCGCAUAUAAUCUUCCCAAUGAUGAAGAAGCCAUUAAACGCGGUGGGUCAAAGUUAGUUAUCAUUAAGAAUGUACAAGAAGGAAAAUAUCAUAAUAUUUUGGAACCAAUCUCCAGAUUGACCGUAGCCGAAAAUCAGCUUCAAUAUUUGUCGUUUGACGCAUUCUUUACGCACAUUCUCCUCCAUGAAGUAGCCCAUUCUAACGGACCACACUAUACGGUUGGACCUAAUCCCGUUACAGUCAGGUCACGUUUACAAGAAUAUCAUUCUGCGAUCGAAGAAGCCAAAGCAGAUAUAACCGGUUUAUUUGCUGCUGCUCAUUUACUCAAAAUUGGACUUUUAACCUCACCAUCAAUUCAACAAUUUUAUGUAACAUAUCUUGCUUCAGCGUUUAGAUCUGUUCGAUUCGGCAUAAAAGAGGUAAGAGAAUUAGCAUAUUGGGGACGUCCACAACAAAGAAGUGUAUAUUAUACAGUACCAUCACCUAUUGUUGUUGCACAUGGUUUGGGCCAAUGUAUACAAUUAAACUAUAUUUUAUCACAAGGCGGAUUCACAUAUGAUCCCAUGACAACACGUUUCAGUGUCAAUUUUGACACUGUCACGUCCGCAGUUUCUAAUUUAACGAGGGACAUAUUAAUAUUACAAGGAGACGGUGACAAAAAACGCGUAAAGGAAUUUGUAGAUACGUAUGGUGAAGUGAGAAAAGAAGUUAAAGAAGCACUGAAUAAAUUAGAACUUGAAGGAAUACCCAUUGAUAUUAGACCUUCUUACGAGAUCAUUUAUCAUUUAUUAUUGCAAAAAAUAUUUAAACUUUUGGAAAAAGAGAAGACCAGACAAUAUGUGGAUGGGACAUAUAAUAUAAAUAACGUUCCUGACGGGUACA